AUGGCAGAGUUGUGGUUUGAGGAAGAAGAAGAAAUGCAGGAUGCAGACAUUUGGGAGUACGACUCAGAAGAUGAAAUCAUGGAGGGCAACCAAGAAGAAGAAGAACAACAACAACAACAGGCAGACACUGAUGUUCAACAAACACAAAUGCAACAGCAAGCUCAUGGAGGGACUCAUAGUGUAUGCAGAAAGCAGUUAACAUUGCAGCAAAGAAGGAAAAUCGUAGAUGCAAUUUUGGUGAAAAUGAACAAUGGGACAUUACCAAGGGGUCACAUGAAGCAAUUAUCAUCUGAAUUCAAUGUUCACAAAUCAACAAUCACAAGAAUUUUCACAGCCAUAAAAAGGCAGCUGGCAUUAGGGGACUUGAUUGAUGUCAGGACUAAAAAAAUUGGCAAAACAGGGAGAAAGCCAUUGCAAAUUUCUGAUGAAACUCUCCAGUCAGUCCUGAUUAGGGGAUUUCGCUCCACCAAUCGGAAUACGCCACUUACAGGGCAUGAGGACCCCACAUUUGUUGACAUGAGGAAUGUCAUACACUGUGAUGAGAAGUGGUUCUACUUUAACCCUGACAAAAGGAGGUUUUAUCUACUGCCAACUGAGGAUGAUCCCUACAUGGCAGUUCAGUCAAGAAGAUUCAAGCUCACGGCAAUGUUCAUGACAAUCAUAGGGAAGUCAUUAUAUGGCAUAAAUGGAGAAUUGUUACAUGAUGGGAAGUAUGGCAUCUUCCCAUUCACUGUCCAGAUAGAAGCACAGAAAUCAAGCAAGAAAAGACCAAGAGGGACUAUGGAAACUAAGGCACUCCAGAACAUAAACAGAUAA